AGCCAAGCCGAGUCAACCUGGAGUCAUUUACACCAACCAGCACGUGAAUUAUUAACACUUUGAAAAGGAAUGGAGCAAAGGUAAGGCGUACUAGUGAAGAGGACUGCUGGUUUGCCUUGCGAUCUUUUGCUCUAAGCAGCAGGUACGGCGAAGAUGGAGUUGAGCAGAAGGAAAGUGCCUCUAUAUGGCCAGGCCAAGGUGUUUGCAUUACUGGACGGGGUGGAUUCCACGCUGGAAGAUGCCGAAGUCUUCAUUGUUUUGGAAGGAUCCACGCUGGUCCAUGUCACCAGGGCUCAGAGUGACGUCAUGCUCUGCUUCAUCGUGCCCGGCCAUAACCUGGCCGAGGUGGUCUCUGUGCAGGCCUACUUGAGCUCCCAAAGCGCACCUCUGGCAUGGGUGGGCGGCGCAAUGCUGGAAUACGUCCAAGACGACGCACAGGAGCUGGCAGAGCACCUGGUCACCCGCGGACAUAGUCUGAAGUCUCCGGAUCACGCAGAGCUGAGCAGCCUCUUCAACCUGGGCCAGCAGAGCUCCCGCUGGGCUAUGGAUCGACGCGUGGCUCUCGCCAUGGCUAACCUGGAUAUUCCUCCAAAUUGGAACAUUCUGGGGACUCCCAGCAGAGACGAUGGCAGCCCCAGAGACUCCCUGCUCCACCUGGCCGUGCGAUGGGGUCUGUGUCGACUGGCCGAGCUGCUGCUUUGUCAGCCCGGAGGUCUGAUGGCCGUCAACGUUCCGAACGAGGACGGCGUCACACCGCUGCAGCUGGCCUACUCGUCGGGCAACAGAGAACUCGUCCAGCUCCUCCUGCGGCCACCCAACCCUCUAGCCACACCUCCCGCAGGACUGUCUCAGGUAUGGGCAGACCGCUCCCGCUUGCUGAGAUACUGUCACGACACGGGCAAUUUGACACUGAGCGUCCGACAAAAUCUCAAGUGGAGCUCAGAGGAGAGCCGGCAUGCUGAUAUUCAGUUGCUCAGAAACAGACUUGGAGAUGAAGGCUUCCUCAGAGAGAUUAAAGCGUUACGAAGAGAACCAACAGAGAGCCUUUUCGGCAAAGAACAAUUGGUGGACGAUCCAGCAGAAAACGGAGCUUUUGCUGAUAAGAGCGGCGAGAAUUCAGCUGCAGACGAUAAUGACUACGAGGAGCCCCUCAUGUUUUGCCUCAAUCAAGAGGACGAGCAGUCUGACUCUGAAAAAAGCCAGUCCACGGGCGAGAGCCAGACCUCAUCGCCGACUCUGGCUGCCGCUGCCAGGCUGUCGGCGAUGAUCCACGGGAAAGACGGAGUCUAUGCCAACGCCGUGGUGGUGGACCGAGUGAGUGGAGAGAUGAUUGUGGAAGCAAAAGCGGAUGAUGUUGAUGUGAAGUACGGCUCUGGCCUGUCAGCUGACGUUGGCAGCCUUUGCUGGGAUUCCAUGAUACCCCCUGACUGGAGGAGGUGUCCAGAAAAUGGCGAGAGAGCUGUCCCAAGGCAGAAAUCCAAGGAGUCGCCUCUCCGCGUCUCCCCCCCUCCAUCUUUCCCGUCCUCCCCCCUGGCUUCCGCCUUGCGUUUGUUUGAAGGAGGUCAGAGGCGACGGCCGCCAAGCAGCUUUCCGGUUUCUCCCACUUUGAACGGCCGACGAUGCAACCUGCCGCUGGCGGCGGCGGCCCGCGGACUGAGUCCCAGUCUUGAGUGUGACAGCGGAGAAGAGGACACACCGGGACACCCGUACCCCUGCUCAGCCCCAACGCUGCAGAAGCCAUCGCAAAAGCUCUCCAAGAAGCCGGAGGAAGGCGAGGUUCGACUGCGCUCCUACUCCUACUCCUCUGCUAAGGCGAGGCCCUCGCGCCCCUCGCUAAACAGAGACGCCACUGUUACUGACCUGGCAGAAGACGGUGCAUUCGGCGGCAGUGGUCGCUCUCUCCUUCAGGCUUUAUCGCUGUCCAAAUCGCUCAAUCCACUCAACCACGUUAAGCAGAGUGUGCUGAACCCGAGCGAGACUUCCAAGGAAAAGAGGCUUUUGGGUUUCCGUAAGCGGGCCCAGUCAGCAGAGGAGGAGAGCGGCGGCGCAUCACUCCAACACCUCACCCUCUCAGAGUUCCUUAAAGAGAUCGAGGACGAGGAGUGGGACAAGUACAUGCUUCCGUCCAAGGCGGAGUCCGAGAAAUACAAAGUGAGCCGGACCUUCAGUUUCCUCAAGAGCAGGAUGUCCAGCACUCGUGGCAAAAGCAAGCUUUCUUUUCAGGUGAAAGGGAAAGAGGUGAAGGAUGGCAAGGACAAGAACAGAGGCGCCAACGGACAUCAGUUUGCGCCCGCGUCUCCAUCUGCUCCUGCUGUCUGUGCGGCCUGCGAUAAGGCCAUUUGUGGGAAGGACGCGCUGCAGUGCUCCAACUGUUUAGCGAACGUCCACAAGAACUGCCAAGACUCUGUUGCACAAUGCGGAAAGAAGCUGCAGGAGAAGAAUGCGUCGUUGAUGAAAAGCAAGAAUUUGUCUCUCCCACAGACUUCUGCGAAAGACAUGGCUUCCACCUCUCCUGUGGCCUCCUCAUCCCUGUCACUUACAGCAACGACCAAAGAAAAGCGAGAAACGCCGGAGCCUCUUUCCAAAAGCCUCUCCGCCUCCUUGGAGAGCAGGCGGCCCAGUGAUACGGCAGCAAUGGAGGUGGAUUGCGUUCCUCCAUCGUACGGCUCCCAGCCGGACGAGGGCGCUCCGCUUCCGGCCGCUCUUCCGUCGCUCGUCCCGCAGGAUGACGCCGUUGCCCCUCCACGAAGCGAUCUGUCGGCCGACCUGCUGGGGCUGGACGCCGAGUCGUGGAGCCUCGCCGUCAGUCCGGAUUUCUGCAGGCAACACGACAGACGUGCCGUCAAACGGCAGGAUGUCAUUUACGAGCUGAUGCAGACGGAGCUGCACCACAUCCAGACUCUGACGGUCAUGUCCGAAGUGUUCAGACGAGGCAUGCUGGAGGAGCUGCGGCUAGGCUGGGAUUGCGUGGCCCGCAUUUUCCCCUGCUUGGAUUCCUUGCUGCUCUUCCACAGGAACCUUUUUGGAUCCCUGCAGGAGCGCAAACAAGCGUCAACCCAAGGCGACGACCGGAGAAAUUACCUCAUCUGCCAGAUUGGAGACGUCCUUCUUCAACAGUUCUCCCAUGGAAACGCUGAGACGAUGAAGCGACUGUACGGAGAUUUCUGCAGUCACCACUUGGAAGCUGUCGGUGUCUUCAAGGAGCUUCAGCAGCAUAACAAAAAACUCCAGAACUUUGUCAAACAACAGAGCAAUAACUUGCUGGUCAGGAGAAGAGAGAUUCCUGAGUUCAUCCUUUUAGUCACCCAGCGCAUCACCAAGUACCCGGUUUUGUUGGAGAGGAUUUUACAUUACACUCAAGAAGGCAGUCAGGAACACACGGACCUAUCAAGCGCGCUGGCUCGCAUUCGUGACAUCAUCGCCGCCGUGGACCUGACCGUGAGUAAGUACGAGCGAUCUCAGGAGCUGCAGGAGGUGCUCGCCCGUCUGGAGAACAAGAGCUUUGCCAAACUGAAGAGCGGCAAGGUGAUUGGCAAGCAGGACCUGCGCAGCAAACACCGACAUCUACGACACAAGGGAUUGCUUUACUGGAAGACUGCCACGGGCCGCCUUAAAGAUACGUUGGCACUCCUGCUUACAGAUGUGGUGGUGUUCCUGCAAGAGAAAGAUCAACGCUUUGUAUUUGCCGUCGUGGACCAGAAGCCUCCCGUGAUCCCGCUGCAAAAGCUCAUCGUGAGAGAAGUAGCCAACGAGGAGCGCGGGAUGUUUCUCAUCUCCGCUUCCUCAGCCGGUCCGGAGAUGUAUGAAGUUCACACCAGCGCCAGAGAGGAGAGAAAUGCUUGGAUGAGACACAUCAGACAAGCUGUAGAGAGCUGUCCAGAGGAAGAGGAAGAGGAGGAGGAGGAGGAGGAGGAGCAGCAGCGUAGCACCGAAACGGAAGAGGCCAAGCGAGCGGCCCAAGUUCAAGCUCAGAAAAUGUCAAAGUUCCAAGAGACCUUGUUCAUUCAGGACCAGCGUAUCUGCACCAGCUUGGAGGAGAAGUUAGAGUUAUAUGCUGCGCUCACAGAGUUAACGCUGCGCUCUCCAGAAGCCAUUCCACAUCGCCGCCUGCUGGUACAAGCAGAAAUUGACAGCGAGUCCCCAAGACCGGCCUCCACACUGCUCGCAGCCGCGCUCAGAGAAGCGGAAAACCUGAUCGGCGUUCUUCAGGUUCACGACGGACAACGUGGCAGUUCUCCCGUCCGUGGCCGCGAGUGGCCCGACUACAACAGCCACGGCAGCAGCAUCCAAGAGUCGCCCUCAGAACCCGAUUACCUGAGCACGCUUAGUAUGAGCUCCACUUCUCUCGGGUCGGACAGCGAAGGGACGGAUGGAAUCUCGUGGAGCCAGGAGCCGAAGCAAAGUCACACCAAAGAAACACUCUUCAAGGUGGCUGAGAGUGUGCAGAGUCUGACUCAGCUGCUUUAUAGUCUGCAGGCUGCCGUGACUCUCCAGGACAGCUGCCUGGAGAUCCGAAAAAUUCUCCUUCAGGAAGGAGAGCAAUCUCAGCUCAAGAGCCUUGCCUCGCUCCAAAACACCUUGGAGACGGUCGUUGAGAAGAGGAAAGAGGACGUCGACAAGAAGGCUACAGAGAGGAAGAAGGAAGAAGUGGACGAGGUGCACAAACUUCAGGUGGAAUUGAAACUAGAGCAGCAGCGCUGGGACAAGAAGUGUGUGGCUCGAGACAAACGACAGACUGAGCAGGAAGGCGCGCUGGAGCAGCGUGAGCGCCAUUGCAUCCUGGAGGCCCAACGGCUGCGUUGUGAGCGCCAGGAGCUGGAAACUCAGCUGAUGGAAUAUCGACACAGUCUGGACAGACUGCGGGAGGGCCAGGAGAGUGUCGACAGGGAAAAGGAGAAGCUCCGAGCCCAGCAGUGUCUCCUCCAGAGUUGGAGACACAACCGGCAGAGCAGUCUGCCCGUGACCAUACCUCUCGAUGAAUACGAGGUGCCAAUUCACAGUCGCUCAGGCAGCCUCGACGGCAGCUGCUGGACGUACGAGAACGACGCAGCUCUGCUCGCCUCUCUUCAGAAGAAGCAGCAGCAGCAGCAGCAGCGGCGGCGGCGGCGGCAGCAGUCCCCCCCCAACAACAACCACGCGCAGCAGCAGCAGCAGUAUCUGCUCUCCGGCCCCCGGCAAAGCUCCACCUUUGGCGGUGCUGACCUUAGCCUUAGCGCCAGCCUCUACAACAGCCUCAACACCUUGCUGAGCCAAAGGCACAGAAAAGACUCUCAGGAUGCUCUCACCUCGGGCAACAAGAAUCACGGGCCCGACCAGCCUCUGGACGCCUCUGCCAAUCCCUUCGCAAACAGAGGCACAGCGCAGCCGCAGAGCGCCGGCAAAUACUGGAGUCCGCAGUCGGAGGGCCAUUCCCCGAGGGCCUGGAGGCCAGAGAUGCCCGGCCAAGAACUUGACCAAGUCGCUUACUCCUCCUCCUCUUCUCCUUCCCUCACGCCGCUCCUCCCCCAGCAGUCCUACCUCUCUCUGGAAGGACAUCUUAGGGAGGACGCAAGCGAGGAGAACAUUGUUUACCUCUGAUGUUUGAAGCAGGACAUCAAACUGGACUGUGAUGGAUGUCAAUAGCGUUGGGAAAUUGUCAAUCAUCAAAUGAGAGAUCAGCAGCAUCCAUACUGUAUGUGCCUUCUUCUGCUUCAUCAAACCGUCGUGCCUUUUGCUUUGGUACUCGCUGUCGUUCUAUUUUGGUUUUGUAAAUUGGAUCGAAUCCUUAUUUUAUUGCUUGCUCGCUUGUCAAACAACGGCGUUAUUUUCUCCGUUAACACUUCAAAUAGGGUCCAAUCUAUGGGGAAGGCUAGCUUGGGCCUUCGCAAGCUUCUCUGGCAUAUGCAUACAUUAGAUUGCCAUGUGAUUUGAAAUCCUAUUUAUUAGAGGAAGAAAAUAUUGUGACUGUCCCGUAGAGUUUGUUGAAAGGGCUACCUACCGACCUACGCACGCUGUUGGAAGAGUGAAGUGGCAAAAUUCUUCUCAUCCUCUGGUCAUUUAUUGUACCUCAAUGGCUUCAUGCACUGUACACAAUGUUUGCUUUCUUUUCCUGGUUGUAAUCACUGCUGUGAUGGAUGUAAAUGUUGGGGCUCCUUAUAAAGAUCAUAUAUAUAAAUCAA